UGGUCCUCUGCUUCUUUCACAUACGGGUACCUACAUCUGGAGCUUAACAGAUACAGACAAGAAAACCAGUAUAAUAAAAAUAUAUACAAUAUAGUGAAUUAUUCUUCACAGGUUUUAGUUGUAACGCCAUACGAGAAAAUGUCAAAUAAAAACGUUCCCGACAUUAAUGACGAAGAAGAGAUGACUUUUAUUGUGGAGCUAUCUGGUAUACUGGACUCUGAUCUCCUAAGUAAAGUGAAAGGGAAUUGUCAAGUACUGGGCAUAGAUACAGACAAGCCACUGCUACAGUUAGAACAAUACACAUUUACUGGGGAAUAUGAGGACACACUAGGAACAGGGCUAGUAUUUGAAGAAAGAGACAAAUCAGAAGCCAGCCAAUUAAAGGAAACAAGACAAAAUAUAUUACAUCAUUUGUUAGGAGAAGAUAGUAUUAAUACAGCAGUUGAUUUAGAAUUUUCUCAUGCUGUCAACAAAAAACUUAUCAUGAAGCGAGCAUUUCUAACACCAGAGGAUGAGACUGAUGGAGAACCAUCAACUUCAGAUACAGUUGAGAAUGUAGAUAUGACAGCAGAAGAUGAAAGUUCAAGGACAAGUACAGGUCCAGACGGAUGAAAUCUAUUAAACUCAAAGGCUGUCAAAAGUGCCGAUCUGUAUUUAUGAUUUGCUAUGUGAGAAGUGAACAAGGACAUAACAUUUGAGAAAUAUUGAAAUACAUAGUUGAAGACAAUUGUAUCAUCACUAUGUUCUUGAAAUAAAUCGAAGAUCUGACUGAA